AUGAUGAAAUGGGUUUCGUGUCCGUGCUGGGGAACUAACGAUGAUGAAAACUCCGGCGAGACGGCGGCGGACAGAGAUCCCGUCCUCCUCGUCUCUGGCAUGGGGGGAUCGAUUCUGCAUUCUAAGAAGAAGAACUCCAAGUCUGAAAUUCGCGUCUGGGUUCGGCUGUUUCUCGCUAACCUUGCUUUCAGACAGAACCUCUGGUCUCUUUAUAAUCCCAAAACAGGUUAUACAGAACCGUUGGAUGAAGAUAUUGAAAUUUCGGUCCCUGAGGAUGACCAUGGACUCUAUGCGAUUGACAUUCUAGAUCCAUCCUGGUUUGUAAAGCUUUGUCACUUGACGGAGGUGUAUCACUUCCACGAUAUGAUAGAAAUGCUGGUUGGGUGUGGUUACAAGAAGGGCACUACAUUAUUUGGAUACGGUUACGAUUUCAGACAAAGCAAUAGGAUCGAUCAACUCAUGCUCGGUCUCAAAAAGAAGCUGGAAACUGCAUAUAAAACUUCAGGGGAGAGAAAAGUCACUAUCAUCUCACACUCAAUGGGAGGAGUAAUGAUUUCAUGUUUCAUGUUUCUCUAUCCCGAGGUUUUCUCCAAGUAUGUUGGUAAAUGGAUUACAAUUGCAACACCUUUCCAAGGAGCUCCAGGGUGCAUCAAUGAUUCACUCUUGACCGGAGUGCAGUUUGUUGAAGGCUUAGAAAGCUUCUUUUUCGUAUCACGAUGGACCAUGCACCAACUGUUGGUAGAGUGCCCAUCUAUCUACGAGAUGAUGGCAAAUCCAUAUUUUAAGUGGAAGAAACAACCAGAGAUUCGAGUUUGGCGCAAGAAAACUGAAAAGGACAACGACGAGACUUCUGCGGAACUGGAAACAUUUGGAUUAGUUGAGAGUAUUGAUCUAUUCAACGAUGCAUUGAAGAAUAACGAGCUAAGCUAUGGUGGGAAUAAAAUAGCUUUACCGUUUAACUUUUCUAUCCUCGAAUGGGCGAGUAAGACGAGAGAGAUUCUCAACAAAGCGCAACUUCCUGAUGGAGUUUCCUUCUAUAACAUUUAUGGAGUGGCUCAGGAUACUCCCUUCGAUGUUUGUUAUGGCACAGAGACUUCUCCAAUUGGGGACUUGUCUGAGAUAUGCCAAACUAUGCCUGAGUAUACAUAUGUAGAUGGAGAUGGAACCGUACCAGCUGAAUCAGCAGCAGCUGCUCAGUUUAAAUCAGUUGCGAGUGUAGGAGUCUCCGGAACCCAUAGAGGACUCCUCCAUGAUAAAAGAGUGUUUGAGCUCAUCCAGCAAUGGCUAGGAGUUGAGCCUAAGAAAGCUAAACGGAAGCACUCAAGGACUCACAAAGUUGCUGAUUCUGGUUAAAUUCCAAAACCUGUAAUGAAUAAAGAUAAAAUGAAGGAACUCCUUUGUGAUGUAAUUUUUUAAAUUAUUAUAUGCUAUUGUGUAAACUGUGCGACAUGUAUGUGCCAUGUAAUUGCUAGUCCAAAACAGCAACCUUUGGGUUUGUUACUAAUAAAGAACUAAUAAAAAUGUA